AUGUGUUCUGAGAUGCACGAAUCUAUAGCCCUGCGCGGGGUCACCCAUGGAUUGGAACAAGAUUCGGGGGAAGUCAGUGUACAAAGCACCUACUUGAGUUGUGCCGACCACUCGACGUCUUCAAUUGCAUCGAUACGAGGAACGCGAUCGUUAACACCAUGGGAGGAACAGAAAGACCCACUAGGCCUCAAUGUCGUCUGGGAGCCUGAAAAGCCUCGAUCUCUUGACAUAAUACUCGUUCAUGGCCUUGGCGGAACCAGUAGAUCGACCUGGUCAAAGGAUAGGGACCCAGAAAACUUCUGGCCAGGGAAAUGGCUGCCUCAGGAACCAGAAAUAUGCACUGCUCGCGUACUAUCGUUCGGCUAUGAUGCUGAUUGGAGGUCUACCGCAGGAAAGACGAUUUUCAGCAUCACGGAUUUCGCGAAGGAACUGCUGUUCUCAAUGAAAUUCGCAAAGCAUGGAGACAAAGCACUCGAAGAUCUUGGUAUAGGACAGGCUCCCAUCAUAUUCAUAGUACAUUCCAUGGGUGGGAUUGUUGUCAAGCAGGCCUAUAUACUAGGUCAGCAUGACCCUGAUUAUAUUGACUUGGUGAAAGCAAUUAGUGCUAUUGUAUUUCUCUCCACACCGCACAGAGGUUCAAAUCUUGCCGAACUUCUCAACCGCAUCUUAUCUGCCUCUUUUCUAAAGUUCACGCCAAAACGGUAUAUAGCAGAGAUCAACAAGAAUUCGCUAUCGUUAGAGCAGAUCAAUGAACAAUUUCGAAGGAUAGCGCCAACAAUACAGAUUGUCUCUUUCUAUGAAACGUUAGAGACUGUGAUCGGUCCUAAGAGAGUGAUGGUAGUAGAGAAAGGUUCGGCGGUUCUUGGCUACCCAGGCGAAAUUUCAAGAUCUUUGAACGCAGAUCACCACAAUAUCUGCAAGUAUACUAGUAAAACUGAUCCAAAUUAUAUUAGCACAUGCGGAUGGAUAUUGGAGCAUAGGACAUUCGUCGAUUGGGUACACCCUCCAACUACGAGCAAAGUCCUAUGGACACACGCUCUUCCGGCUAGUGGUAAAUCGAUUCUUUCAACUUUCAUCAUCAGUCACCUACGACAACUUGGGCUCUCGUGUCAUUUCUUCUUUUUCAGAUUCGCAGACCAAGCAAAGCAGUCUCCAAAUGCUUGCUUGCGAUCACUUGCCUUGCAAAUCGCUCGGGAUAUACCCCAGAUUCGCAGCACACUGAAGGCUAUGGCUUUACAUGGACAAAGGCUUGAGAAAGCGGAUGCACGUACCAUUUGGCAGAAGGUUUUCACAUCAACGAUGUGUAAAGUACCUUCCGACCCUAUAUACUGGGUUAUUGAUGCUCUAGACGAGUGCGACUCGCCUCAAGUGCUAUUGCUAUUGUUUGCGAGCUUGUCCUCCUGGAGGAUACCAGUCCGUAUACUCGUUGUUAGUCGCCAUGCCCAGCCGUUAGCUUCAGCAUUUGAUAGACUUAAUGAAUCGUUACCUGUGAGGCAGAUAUCAGUAACAGGGAAGGAAUAUGAUAUCCGGCUAUUCGUGGAAUAUCGACUACGAUACCAACGCUGGGACCAGGACUUUCGACAUCAGAUAACCGAAAAGAUACUACAAAGAGCUGCGAGCAAUUUUCUAUGGGUUACGCUUGCUGUCGAAGAAGUCCUGAAAAGACAUACAUUCGAAGAUAUAGAUCGGGCUAUCGAGGAGAUGCCGAAUGGUAUGCAGGAGAUGUAUAGACGUAUGGAUGCAUCCAUUGCGAAGGAUUCCGGUACCAAUGACGAAAAGUUGGCACGGACACUGCUUACCUGGGCAAUCUGCUCGCGAAGGAUUAUGAACUUGAGGGAAUUGUCCGAUGCUUUACGAAACGAAUUUCCCACAGUCCCUGACCUUCGCCAUACUGUUCCUGAAAUCUGUGGUCAAUUUGUUGUUGUAGAUACCAACCACAACGUCGUAAUGAUCCAUGAAACAGCCCGAGACUUCCUCACCAAUACUUCGGAUAUUAGCUUCUACAUUGACACCCGCGUCGGUCACGAAGUCCUCUUCACACGAUGCCUGAACUACUUAAUGGAUACAAGACUGCGAAGCAAAAUCAACCAGAGCUCUAUACCAUUGAGUCAAGGAUUCUUACUCUAUGCUGCAACUUCAUGGUCUUUUCAUCUGAGUUGUACCUCCAGCAUAUCAAGCGAGGCCAUAUCACUCUUAAAAAGGUUUUUUCGGAGCCGGCAUGUAUUGUCUUGGAUUCAAGUACUUGCUUCAGUAGAUCAACUUGGAGUACUUGUAUACUCAUCGCAGGCUCUCAGCCAUACCGUUUCUCACAAGCGGAAAAAUGAAACAAAGAGCGCGCUAGAAGACCUACAAGACAUCGAACUUCUCGAUGCAUGGUCCGUGGAUCUACGUAAGGUCAUGGGUAAAUUCGGACUCAACUUGUUGCAAGAACCGUCAGGAAUUAACCGUUUAAUUCCUCAAUUUUGCCCACGCAACUCUAUGCUCUUCCGCCAAUUCGCAGAGGAUAAUUUGGCCACUCCAUUCAAUAUUGCUGGAUUAUCUUAUGAUGACUGGGAUGAUUCAUUAGCUAAGAUCAAUUUCUCUCGUGGCUCUCAAGCCUCAAAGGUUGUCUCGACUGGUCGACACUUCGCGGUUUUGACGUCUGGCACUACAGAACUCGGAACCAUACAGAUUGCGGAUUCUUUGAACUAUACUGAAUUAAGUAAACUGCAACAUGGAGAGUUCAUAUCCCAUAUUGCAUUCAACGUUACAGGAGAACUACUUGUAUCCUGCGGGUAUCAUACCACCAAGCUCUGGCACGUCCCAUCUGGACACGUCCACACCAGUGUUCCUAGUCCCAAGGAUACUAGAGUAAUGGAUGUUGUCUUCAUCGACGGCAAUACCAUAUUAACCGCAUCGGAUGAUAAAUGGAUCCGAAGGCUUGUGACCACUGACGUUGACCCUCAAUGGUUCAAAGUCCAAACCGUAAAGGACGAUUUCCAAAUUCAAGGCGCAUUCGCAAACGCACCAUGCUUUAUGGCAUUCAAUCAAAGUGCUUCGCAGAUUGCAGUAGCAUACAGAGGCUUUCCACUCUCUGUAUAUGGCACAGAAGAUCACGAGUUGGUUGGCAGAUGCCGGCGCCACUACAGUAGCCCAACAGGUUCGAACAGUGGGUGGUCUGGAGUGGACCGCCUUUCAUGGAAUUCCUUGACUGGUUAUAUUCUCGGUCUGUACAACGAUGGAUGCGUUUUCAAGUGGAACCCUUUCGAGGACCAAAGUCAUGAGCUUCGAAGGUCAGCAACUGAGAUUACUUGCAGCCCUGACGGUAUGUAUUUUGCAACCUGCGAUAACUCUGGAACAAUUGGGCUUUUCAAUUUUGACAACUUCACAUUGCUCUACAGUCUCUCGUCCGAAACGCCCUGUAUAGGACUAGCGAUCAGCUCAGAUUGCCGUCGUAUAUAUGAUCUCCGAGAAAGUUCCUGUACCGUCUGGCAGCCGGAUGCCCUAACCAAGUUCUACGAAACAGAACAUCAUAAUGAAGGUCCUAUGAGCGAUGUUGGAAGUAGUACCAUAUUUGCUCCUACUUGUAUGAAACAGUCCGACUAUUCGGAGCCUAUCACAGCCGUAGCUGUCGCACCCAACGGCAACUUCUUCUGCACUGGUAACGAAGCUGGUGUUGUUACCUUUUAUGAUCGUAAGGGCGACGUGAUCUGCGAAGUAUUCAAGUCUCCCCGAUGCAUGAUGAUAGAUCGACUGGCGUGGGAUGAUGACAACUCGAAGUUGGCCAUCGCUGAACUGAGUGGCAAUGUCGCCAUCAACACGUUCGACCCAUCUGCUAUAAUGGGUAGGAACGAGACUGCACUAUCACGUCGCACCCAGAGAUCAAGCCUCAGUCUAAUCUGGGCGGAAUUAAACAACUACUGUUCAACUUGA